CUAGCGUUGCCGAGAUGCAUUGAUCAGUCUUGGUAUUAACGGGACUUGUGGUUUAGGGAUGGAGGAACGGAAAUACCUUGAAAUUUGUGUCUUUCGAACUCUCAAGGUCGUUUGGUGAAGCAGUUUGUUAUGGGAUUCAAUCUGUCCACCCUGUGCGUGCUACAUCCAGUUCAGUUGUAGUCAUUCCAUGGAUUUAUCACCAACUUGAGACUAUGAGACUGAGUGACAAGCAGUAGGGAGAGACUGGGGCCAGGAAGGAGACAAUGUCAGAAGGCACGCUACAAUGAGGAUUCACCCGCGCAAGGUCGUGACAUAUGGCCUUCUUGCACUGGUUGUCUUUUUUGUGUUCCUGUUGUACAAUCAGAAUACCCUGACCAGCGUGGAUAAGGAACCCCCAUGGAUAGCCUCCCGCAAAACAAGACCCAAUGGCUUCAAGGUAGACCCACAGGGUCCAUUUCACAAGCACGUCAUCAGAGCUAAAAAAUCUAGCCCCCCAACAACAGAAAAACCCAGACCAUUAGGUUCCCGCCUUUGGCCAACUCUAGACUAUUAUGAUGAUGAUAGAAUUUUGGCCCAAAUGGCCCAUCGUCCAAAAAGUGUGCUUGAAAAGGAAAAGAAGGGUGAAUCAGUUAAGGAUAAAGUGAUUUUAGCUUACCAUGGCUACGGGUCUUGGGGAGUUCAGCCUGGACGAAAACAAUUUCAAGAUCAGAAAUGUCCGGUUCAAAACUGUCAUGUGACAGACGAUCGACGUCGCGUUAAUGAUGCUGACAUUGUCAUGUUUCAUCACUCGCCAUCUCGGCCCUGGGCGGCAAGGCCACCUAAUCAGAUAUGGUUGUUGUUCAUGCUGGAGUCGCCAUACCACACCCCAGGGUUGACCGGCGUUAAUGACGUCUUUAACUGGACGGCAACAUACCGCCAUGACUCUGUGAUUGUGGCACCUUAUGAACGUUUCACUCUGUUUAAUGAAUCAGUGAGGACCUUACCGCUCAAAAAGAACUAUGCUGCAGGCAAAACGAAAAAAAUUGCAUGGUUUGUUUCCAAUUGUGGUGCCAGGAAUGGGCGUCGCCAAUAUGUGGAAGAGUUAGCAAAGUAUAUUCCAGUGGAUAUAUACGGUGCCUGCGGACCAUUGAGGUGUCCACGACAUAAGGCCAACGACUGCUUUACAAUGCUCACCAAAGACUACAAGUUCUAUUUAUCAUUUGAGAAUUCCAAUUGUCGAGAUUACAUCACUGAGAAAUUCUUUGUGAAUGGCUUAAUGAACGAUGUUUUGCCAAUUGUCAUGGGCGCUGCUCCUGAAGAUUACAAGAGGGCCGCGCCGUAUCAUUCAUUUAUCCAUGUAGACGAGUUUGAAACUCCCAAAGAUCUUGCAGAAUAUCUUCACAAAGUAGACAAGAAUGACACUCUGUACAACGAAUAUUUCCGAUGGAAGGGCACGGGUGAGAAUAUCAACACGUUCUUCUGGUGCCGGAUAUGUUCCAUGAUUCAUGAAGUGGGGGAGAACAAUCACUCGUUAGUUUAUCACGAUCUGGACCGCUGGUGGCGGGGCCCAGGUGUCUGCAUUGGUCAGUCACGGUGGCGGGAUAAUCGCAAAACUAGAGACAAUGUUAUUAUUAACAAAUAUGGUCUUGGGUUUGGAAAUUGAUCAUUUCAGCAAAAUGUUUUUUAUCACUUUGGGCUCACUGUUUUUUUCAUUUUGGAGAGAUAUCUUUGCCUGCUGGUCAAAUCAGAACUAGAAGGAGGUUUUGAAAAAUAAGUGUAUUACCGGGGUACAAACACAUUUGUAGAAUCUCCGCUUAUCCGUCCACCUUUCAUAUGCCAUAAUCUGAAUGGUCUCGUAUGAGACCAAAAUAAAAUUAUAAUAUUGUUUGUUUGGAAUUGCCUCUUGCCUCAUUGAAAUACCCCUUAUGAUAAAAUUUUAUAAGCAAAAAAUAAAGAACUUUUUUAUAUAUGGAGAUUUUUACUUUUUCAAUUUUUAAUCAGUAAAACUUUUGAAAAAGUUUGAAAAAAAAAAUUCCCUCUACCUCCUGGGUCUAGAAACUUCCAGUCGGCAAUUCCAAACAAACAUUUUUUUAUGGAUGGCCUGGUUUAGGAUGGAGAUAAAAUUGCAUUGUGCAUGAAGUACUUGUACCUACUAUAGGUACACUGUACAUAUAAGUAUAUCUGUAUAUUUAUGAACAAAGGAUUCAAAUGAAUAGUUCUCUUCUAUUACUACAGCACUGUCAUUUUGCAAGCGAUGCCAACUGAUUUAAACAUGUUAAAGGUUUUAAAUGUAAACAUUUUUUUCUUUGGUGUGUAGCAUAAAUGUGUCUUGAGAAAUCCAUAUUUUCUUAUAUUUUUCUAUUUCCCUUUUUUCUAUAAUUCCAAGUUUUGAAUUAUACUCCCAAUUCAGUCCCAUUGUGUAAUUUGGAGAAUAUGUUAACAUAUCAUAGUUCUAGAAGACAUGAUGUAUAAUUGUUGCAAGGUGAAUACGAAACGGAUCAGAUGUCAAAUAGUGGACUGCUGUUACAGUAUACAUGUAUUACAAACUAUCAGCAUUUUGUAUCCUAUGUCUGUUAUGAUUGUCAAUAUAUGAUUUUAUUUUGUGCUUGAAUUCUUUAUCAAUUCGCACACAGUUGUGCUGAGAUACUAAAGAAUUAAACAAUGUUAACUGUUCUUUCUGUGUGGUCAUGCAUAUUUUGAGAAACUAGUUUUAUUGAUUUUGCCCUCAUAUAUAUAAGGGAGUAUAUCUGAUGUAGGUGGCAGUUAGAAAGGUUAAAUUAGAAUUAUUGUGUAGGUCUACAAUGAACCUGAAGUUUUUUAUAAGCUGAAUGUUGCUGCAAUUUUCAUGUUGAAAUUUUUUUUUAAAGAAAAUGUUAUUUUCUACUAAAAUGGCAAAAAGUAUCAUAGUUUUUAAAUUUCUGUCAGCUCUGUUUUUGUGGGAAAAGCCAUUAAGAAGCCUUAAUUGGAGCAAAAUUGAAUUAUUGUCGUCCUGUACAAAAAUUGAUCUGCUAUAUAUUCCUUUAUAUAAGUGAAAUCUUAAUUCUCCUGACAAAAAUUAAUGAUUUUUACAAAUCUUAUUUAUCAUGAAAGUUUAAGUUACAGGCAGACUUAUCACACUAGCAGGUUUUUGCAGCAAAAUAAAAUUCUGAAAAAUACAGCUCAUAUUGCUUUAAUAAUACAUGCAAUGAAAUCUUUCAACACUUUUGAAAUUGUUCUUCCCAUUCUAUUAGAGACCAGACAGCUAUUAAGGGUGAAAAUCAAAUUAGUGCAAUUCAGUCAUUGAUGUUGAAGGAGAAAAAUUGGGAGGGGGGAUAUACAUUAACUUGAUAAUAAUCUAAUAAUGAGUUUGGUGUUAUAAUGAACUCUUUUUGUUCAGGAUUAUUUUGUGUCAAUUUAGAAUAUAAAUGAUAUAUUUGUAGAUUUUUUCCUCCAUCGAAACCGAUUUCAAUAUUAUGCAGCUGCUGCACUGUGACGAUGUGUAGAAAGUAAAUUACAAUUACAUUUUGUUUUUCAUUCAAUUACUUACUUUUACUUUCAUGUAUUUGUUGUUAGAUAUUACAUGUACUGUUUGCAUGUUUGAUUAUUUUAUGAAAUAUUAUGAGGGUUUUAUUGUACAAGAUGAAUUACCAUUGAUGAUUCGUUCUUAUGAACAAAAUAAUGCUUUAAUUCAGAGUCUGGGUUUAUAACCCCUCUGGUUAAAUCUUUCUCACCCAUCACACUGUUGAUCUGAUAUGUAUUUUGUCCCUAUUUAUGGUUUCAAAGCAUUAAGUUGAACAUGUAUUUGGUUUAUGUAUGUGUGGUGUUAAACAAAUCAUUCCAUUAGUAUAUUAACAUUCCAGAUGAAUUUCUUUAUUUUUGUUGAUGAAAACAGUGUAAACUGUAUCAAAUCUGAUGGAAAGGUGGAAUUAUUAAAUAUGGACUAUA